AAAUACCCUAUUCUAUUUCAAAUAGCGCGAGACUAUCUAGCUAUAAUACCUACCUCGGCUCCGGCCGAAAGAGUAUUCUCUAGAGUAGGAGAUAUAGUUACUAAGAAGCGUAAUCGACUUAGGCCGGAUACUAUUAAAAAGCUUAUUAUAUUAAAGUGUUUAGGAGUAGUUCCCGACGAAGAGAGUACUAUAAACGACUUCGAUUAUACCGAAGACGAUAUAGAUAUUAAUAGUACUUUAAAUAAGGGAAAAGAGAAGGUUAUAGAGUAUUUAGAUUCUAGCGAGGACGAAAACUCGGAGAGUACUUAG